AUGGGAGCCAUCUUUUUACUGUUGUACUGGAAAAUGUCCGGUAUUUGGGCAUUGCUACACUUGAGUCACUGAAGCUGUAGGAUACACUUCUCAACCACCUCCUUCAACAACUUCAACUGACUUGUAUGCAACAAGAAUUAAAAUGGGAUCCACUAUAAGCUCAAAUGAGAAUCAAAGCACUGCUCAGGCACCAGUGAGACCGAGGGAAAUAUCUCCUUACAACUUGCUCACUGUAAAAGUAGUAAGAGUGAGAAAUCUCCGGAAGGCAGACUUGUUAAGUGAAUCUGAUUGCUAUGUGACUCUGUGGCUGCCAACUGCCUCACCUGAGAAGAUCCGCACCAAAACCAUCAGGAAUUCCAAAAACCCAGUCUGGAAUGAAGCCUUCUGCUACAGGAUUGACCGUCGUGUCAAGAAUAUGUUGGAGCUCAAAGUUUGUGAUGAGGAUACAGUCACCAAAGAUGAUGAACUCUGUACAGUUCUCUUUGACAUAAGCAAACUCAGUGUUGGACCUACUGCUCGUGUGACCUUCCAAAUGAAUCCAGAGUCACAUGAGGAACUGGAGGUGGAGUUCACAUUGCAGAACACGCUAGAACGUCCUGAAAAAAUCAUCACUAAUGGAGUACUAGUGUCACAGGAGAUUUCCUGUUUGGAAGUCAAAGUGGAUGCAGAGAAACUGAAGCAGCAAUCCACAAAGGAAGAACUCAUGUUUACAGUAAAAGGAUCUCAUGAGGGAACCCAGAAGAUUUCACUGAAUCCUGACUCCACAGAUUCUGUUAUGUUUCACUGUAUAAAAAAUAACCCAACGAAACUGGAUGUUACUUUACCAAAGAAGAUGCUUUCUUCCAUUCUGGCACCAGCUAAACAGGAUUCUGAGAAAAAUGGAUUCCUGACCCUGCCUCUGAAUUCUCUCCCUUUGCAAAAGAAAAUAACAAUAACAGGGGACAAAACUUUUGACUUGCAUGUAAGGGCAAAAAAAUGUCAACAAGGACAUGAUGUGCGCUUGGGGUUUGGCCUGUGUACUCAAGAGCAGGAUUUCCUGCAUAAAAGGAAGAAAUAUGUUGCUGUAGCUUUGAAGAAGGUCCUCCAUUUGGAGGAGGAUCUGCAGGAACAUGAGGUGCCAGUGGUGGCAAUCAUGACAACAGGAGGAGGGACAAGAUCAUUUACAGCAAUGUUUGGCAACUUAUUGGGUCUACAGAAAUUGAAUCUUUUAGACUGCAUUUCCUACAUCAGUGGUUUAUCGGGCACCACAUGGACCAUGGCAAAUUUGUACAAAGAUGCUAAUUGGUCACAAAAAUAUCUUGAGGAGGCAAUCAGUGAAGCUCGCAAACAAGUCACCAAAUCCAAGAUAAACUGUUUUUCUGCAAAUCGUCUGAAAUACUAUUAUAGUGAGCUGAAGGAGAGAGCACAAGAAGGAUACAAAACAUCUUUUAUAGACUUGUGGGGGCUCAUCAUUGAAUCCAUGCUGCAUGAUGAGAAAGACAACCAUAAGCUCUCAGACCAGCGUCAGGCAGUGAAUGAUGGGCAGAACCCGCUGCCUAUCUAUGUGGCCAUCAACCUCAAGGACAAGUAUAGUGCCCAAGAUUUUAAAGAAUGGCUGGAGUUCACACCCUAUGAGGUUGGAUUCCUGAAAUAUGGAGCAUCUGUUCGCUCAGAAGAUUUUGGAAGUGAAUUCUUCAUGGGAAGACUGAUAAAGAAACUUCCAGAAACCCGGAUCUGCUACAUGCAAGGCAUGUGGAGUAGUAUAUUUUCUGUGGAUGUGAUGUAUUUGUGGAAUCUGACUGGUAAUUCAGAGGACUUCUGGCACAAGUGGACUAAGGACAGAGUAAAAGACAUUGAAGAAGAUCCUGUUCCAUCUACCAACCCUCAUGAGCUGGAGACGCGUCUGUUUACUUCUGCAGGCCCCCUGUCUGAUACCCUCCGAGAUGUCUUAACUGGGCGCCCAACAGUUGCAGAAUACCCAAAUUUCCUAAGGGGAUUCCAGAUGGACAAAGAUUACUUGGCAAAUGAACAAUUUUCUACAUGGAAAGACACUGUAUUAGACUGCUACCCAAACAAACUGAUGGAAACAGCAGAGAAUACACUUUCACUGGUAGAUACUGGAUUUUUCAUCAAUAACAGUUAUCCCCCACUUCUGAGAUCACAGAGGAAAGUGGAUGUAAUCCUGCAUUUAAGUUACAAUGGAGGAUCACAGACACUGCCUUUGGAGCAGGUGGGGAAGUAUACGACAGAGCAAGGAAUCCCAUUCCCUAAAAUCAGGAUGACUGAGGAAGACAAAAAAACCCUAAAGGAGUGCUAUGUUUUUGAAGAUGCUGAGAAUCCAAGAGCUCCUAUAGUCCUUUUUUUCCCAUUAGUAAAUGACACCUACAAAAACUACAAAGCUCCUGGUGUGGAACAUACUCCCACAGAGAUGGAAAAGGGCAAAAUUGAUGUCUCCACUUUCCAUUCCCCAUAUAGUACAAGGGAGGUCUCAUUCAGUGAAGAGAGUUUUGACAAUUUGGUGAAACUAACUGACUACAAUAUCCUGAAUAAUGAAAACUUGAUUGUUCAGGCCUUACGUGCAGCAGUGGAACGGAGGAAACAGCAGAAGGAAUAGUUAUAGUUGCCUCCUGGAUGAUAUUUUUUAUGUCUUAUGCUAUUUAGUGAGAUCAAAGCUUUAGAAUGGUUUGCCAACAGUAUUUACAGUAUUUCACAAGACCUUAGUAGAUCCUUCAUCUCAAUUAUAUGACUAUUCAAAUAACCAAGAGUUCACUAUAACACGCGACACCCAAGGUUUUACAGACAAUUUCAACUAAACAAAAGGAAUAUCAGAAGAACUAUAGUUAAAUGCACACACACAGAAACAAGAAAGUAUUCCAAUAAUCUUUUAAAAUUUGAAUAAUUUUGAUUUUUUUUAUCAACAAGAAUAAUUCUUAAAAUAAAGUCUCUCUAUUUUUAAGGUAAUCUAUUUUAUUGGCCCUGUUUCAUGAUUGUGGACAUGAAGGAGAGUCUCUUAUUUCAGACCUGAUUAUCUGUCUGUUGCCUUGUUUAUUGUUGUACUUAGCAGUCUGAUUUGUUGGCUCACUGGCAUCCUUAUUAACAAGAUCUAAAGUCUACAUUAUCUCUAAACAUCAUAAACGAAUUAAUUAAUCUUUGUUUCCAUUCAUAUUUACAUAAUUAAAAGUGCUCUUCCCAAUAUAUCUUUUCAUAGGGUGCCAUCUACCAAACAUCCUGUGGAUUGUUAGGAAUGCACAAUUAUGACAGUAAUUUUCAGCAUAGCUGAAUUAUAUCUCAUUUGGUUGACUCAAAUAUUGGUUGCAAAAUAUGGCUUCCAAGGUUUCAGGUUACCUUCCCCCAAUUAGUGACUCAUUCCUUCUCCCCUUUUCUGACAAGGCUGCCUAGUGACAUACCAUAAACUGCCCCUUCAUGUAACCUCUCCUGGAGCUGUAUUGGACUCCCCAAUCUUCAGGAGGUUACAAGGUUCUUACCCCUGUCAUAAAACAUCAUCCAGUGGUUUACCAUGACUGGUUCUCUUCUUCAGCAAUCCUUGAAAUGUGGGGAGCUGAAAGAUAUAUCUACAAAUAUCCUUCUAUAGUCCUGUAGCAACUAAACCAUGAGUUACUUUAGCUUCCAAAGGCAACUGUUGACUGAGGUGUUCAUGAAACUUUGCUUUGAUUUUCUAAAUAUGACUGAUAGAGGGUUUUAGCUGUUGCUCCAUAUUUCAAUCCUAAAGCCAUUGAGACAGACCUCACAGUGAGAAUGGAAGUUUUUUUCCACCUCAUGGACAAGCAGAAUGAACAUACUAUUUCUAGCCCAGAAAAAAACCUCUAUGGCCAUCAGUAGGAUCCUAAUUCAAAUUUGUUCCCUUAAGAAAUCUCCCUCCUCCCCCCCCCCCCCAAAAAAAAACACACAAAAAAAACCAAACCAAAAACAAAACAGUUAACAGGGGAACAGUUGCAUACAGCAAAUUUAAGAUUGGUUGGAGAGGAGGGGCAGGCCGUACUUUUCACCCAACUUUUCAUUGUUGUGUUUAUGCUGUGACUAUAGAUUUGAAAGAGAUUGUGCCAUCUUAUUUUCUAUGUACUACAUAUAUAAAUUAAAAGUAUUCUCUUUA